CAGAGGUUAGCUAUGACAUCGAUUUAUUCCGUCAUGUGGUUUAAUAAUGGUGUUUGUUUUAUUUUAUAGUUUUAUUUUAUUGUCUUGCUUUAACGGUCGUAAUUGUAUUUCAUUAACAACGAAAGUACAGCAAAGUAGUAGUUUACCGCUAGCUUCAGUGCCAGCUUUAGCAUGUCUCUUUUAUCUGGUUUACCUGUCAGUGUGCUCCUACUCGUCGUGCCUUUGUUAGUUUGUUUGUACAGCUGCUUUUUCUGUGAAGGCGGACUGGUUAGUUCGGUUUGUGACAAGUAUAAUAAAACUGUAUUAUACAAACGACCUGUAAUACUACAAAACCUUUCAAUGAGAGAUGGAGACUCGGAAAACGAAAGAGCUGGUAUUUCCAGACGACCUGAAUGCACCACAUUGGCCCCGGAGAGUCGGUUUGACUGUGGCAGGGACAGGACCCUGAGUCAGAGGGAGUGUGAAGGGAGGGGGUGCUGCUACGCUCCUCUGCAGGAUUAUACAGGACCCCCCUGGUGUUUCUACCCCUCCAUGUACCCUGGCUAUAAGAUGGGCCCCCUCACUCCCACCAAACGGGGACAGACUGCCACUCUGACCCGUACCAGUCCUUCUUAUCUCCCCAAAGACAUCUCCAUUCUGAACCUUGGGGUCACAGAGGAGACAGCAGACUGCUUACACGUCACUAUUAAAGACCCAACUUCUCAGCGGUAUGAGGUUCCUCUUCCAGAUGAUGGCAUUCAUCAGACAAGAGCUGAUACCCAGGAUGUUCUCUUUACCACUGAAUAUCAGCCUGAUCCGUUUGGGUUCAUUGUGAGGCGUAAAUCCAACGGAAGAGUCAUUAUGAACACCACAGUUGCUCCUCUUCUGUUUGCGGACCAGUACCUGCAGCUGUCCACAUCCCUGGCCUCCUCCUUUGUGUCCGGCCUCGGCCAGCAUUACACCUCUCUCCUCCUGGACCUGAACUGGACCUCUCUGACUCUCUGGAACAGAGACAUUGCACCGCAUGCUGAUGCAAACCUUUACGGCUCCCAUCCAUUUUAUAUAGUGCAGGAAGAUGACGGCUCAGCACACGGAGUUUUCCUUCUGAACAGCAAUGCAAUCGAAGUAAUGUUGCAGCCGACUCCGGCCCUGACCUGGAUGUCCACCGGGGGAAUCCUGGAUCUCUACAUUUUCCUGGGUCCAGACCCUCAAAGUGUGAUAACACAAUACCUCCAGGUCAUCGGGCAUCCCAUGAUGCCUCCUUAUUGGUCACUGGGUUUUCAUCUUUGCCGCUGGGGUUAUACGACCACUAACGUAACCCGAAUGGUUGCACAGCACAUGCACAGUGCCAACUUUCCCAUGGAUGUUCAGUGGAACGACCUUGAUUAUGCAGAUAAGCGAAGAGUGUUCACCUUUGACCCCAGCAGGUUUGGAGACUUGCCACAGAUGGUGCAGGAGUUUCAUACAGGAGGCAUGAAGUACAUCCUGAUUCUGGACCCCUGCAUCAGCAGCACCAGCCCCUCUGGUACCUACCCUCCUUUUGACGAUGGUCAGAAACGAGACGUCUUCAUUAAAAACGCCACAGGAGACAUUCUGAUCGGGAAGGUUUGGCCCGGUCCAACAGCGUUUCCUGACUUCACUAACCCAGAAACCAGGCAGUGGUGGGAGGACUGCAUCAGAGACUUUUAUUCUGAAGUUCCCGUGGAUGGCCUGUGGAUUGAUAUGAACGAACCAUCGAGUUUUAUUCAGGGCUCCARGGAGGGCUGUCCUGACAGUGAGCUUGAGAGACCACCAUACACACCCAGAGUGGUUGGAGGUCAGCUGAACUCAGGAACGAUUUGUAUGUCGGCCCUGCAGAAGCUGUCCACUCAUUAUAAUCUGCACAAUCUGUACGGACUGACUGAAGCCUCCGCUACACACAGUGCUCUCAGGAGGAUCCGUGGGACGAGACCUUUUGUUUUGUCUCGCUCCUCCUUUCCCGGCAUCGGCCGUUUCUCUGCAGUGUGGACCGGAGACGUGCGGAGUGACUGGGAGCAGCUUCGAUUCUCCAUCCCUGCGGUGCUUCAGUUCAGUUUGUUUGGCGUUCCUCUGGCGGGAGCAGACAUCUGUGGCUUCGGAGGCGACACAACCGAGGAGCUGUGUGUUCGAUGGAUGCAGCUCGGAGCUUUUUACCCCUUCUCGAGAAACCACAAUGACAAGCCCAACGCUCCUCAGGAGCCGUAUGUGUUCGGGCAGAAGGCCCAGGCGGCCAUGCGGAGUGCGUUAAACCUGCGCUACUCUCUUCUCCCUUUCCUCUACACACUSUUCCAUCAUGCACACACUUCUGCUGACACCGUCGCCAGGCCUCUGUUUGUAGAAUUUCCCAGUGACCCUAGCUGUCGGUCCAUAGACCAACAGUUCCUGUGGGGGAGUUCCCUUCUCAUCAGUCCUGUUUUAGAGGAAGGGGCAGUGGAGGUGYAAGCGUACCUGCCAGCCGGUGUUUGGUACAGCCUGAAUGAUGGUCGACCUUUCUACAGUCAAGGUCAGUCCUUCCUCCUGCCUGCACCUCUGGAAAUCAUCAAUGUCCAUGUGAGGGAGGGACACAUUAUCCCCCAGCAGGAGACGGCUUUGACAACCGCAGCCUCACGCAGAAAGCCUUUCUUCCUGACGGUGGCGCUGACAGCAGGCGGCCGGGCCUGGGGAGACCUGUUCUGGGACGACGGAGACAGCCUGAACACUUUUGAAACUCAGAGCUAUUGUUACGUUGUGUUCACUGCUGAGCAGUCGCAGGUUGUUAGUGAUCCUCUAAAGCUGAGUGCAGACUUGGACAGUCUGGUGCUCAGGGGGCUUCAGGUGUUUGGGGUGCCUCUACCACCGCUGWAUGUUUUGGCAAAUGAGAAGAAAGUCAGUGAUUUUUCAUACCAAGCUGACACUAAGGUUCUGACAGUGAGGGGCCUGGCUUUACCCAUGUCAGAGGUGUUUACAGUCCAGUGGGCUUUCUGAUGCACUAAAACUGAUCAUUUAUCAGCCUUCCAAUGUGUUUUGCCUUCUGCACUGCUGCUGAAAACAUCAACUGUUUUUCUACAACACAUCAAGAUUUGUCUCUCAGUUAAAGAGUUUAUUAUCCACCUUACUCGUGUUCUUUCAAAGUGACAUGCUCUGACACCAGCUAGUUUAUAAAAUGUGAUGAUAAAAAACACGAGUCUUUAAUGUAUCACUAAAAAGAACAAUUUGAUGAUGACUAUAUGUAAUUUUGUAAUCUUUUUGCUGUUUUAUUUUAGUAAAAUUUACAGAAAAUGUAUAUAUAUAUUUUUUU